GUUCAGUGAGGAUGCCGCAACCACACACACAUCUUGGCAGGUCGUCUAGCGCGAUAACCAGAAAACAAUAAAAAGGCAGGUGGCACCCAAUCAGAGGGGACCCUCUUCCCAGAAGUAGCCAGCCAGCCAGGCCCCCAGACAGUCCCAGCAUGGAGAACCGGGACAAGUCCAGGAAGCUGAACGAGAGCUCCUCGCCCCCCGACGACACCGACGCCGUGGCCCCCGAGCAGGCUAAAGAAAGCAUGCAGAUGAAGAAGGAGAUCUCCCUGCUCAACGGAGUCAGCCUCAUCAUAGGCAACAUGAUUGGCUCGGGCAUCUUCGUGUCUCCCAAGGGCGUGCUCAUCUACAGCGCCUCCUACGGCCUGUCGCUGGUCAUCUGGGCCGUCGGUGGAAUAUUCUCAGUGGUCGGCGCUCUGUGUUACGCAGAGCUGGGCACCACCAUCACCAAGUCCGGGGCCAGCUAUGCCUAUAUCCUGGAAUCCUUUGGUCCAUUCAUUGCCUUUAUUCGCCUGUGGACAUCACUGCUCAUCAUUGAGCCCACCAAUCAGGCGGUCAUCGCCAUAACGUUCGCUAACUACCUGGUGCAGCCGCUCUUCCCCACGUGUGAGCCACCCUACUCAGCUUCGCGCCUCAUCGCAGCCGCCUGCAUAUGUUUGCUGACAUUCAUCAACUCGGCCGACAUGAAGUGGGGCACCAGGGUGCAGGAUGUCUUCACUUACGCCAAAGUUCUUGCCCUCGUCGUCCUCAUCAUCACAGGCGUAGUGAAACUAUACCAAGGAUACACCGUGAACUUUGAGGCGUCAUUCCAGGGCUCUUCCACAGACCCAGGAGACAUUGCCUUGGCCCUGUACUCUGCCCUGUUCUCCUACUCGGGCUGGGACACACUCAACUUUGUUACCGAGGAGAUCAAGGACCCAGAGAGGAACCUGCCCCUGUCCAUUGCCAUCUCCAUGCCAUUCGUCAUGAUCAUAUAUAUCAUGACUAACGUGGCUUACUACGCCGUGCUGGACAUGAGUGCCAUCCUCGCCAGUGACGCUGUGGCUGUGACGUUUGCGGACCACACUCUGGGAGUGAUGAGCUGGACCAUCCCCAUCGCUGUGGCUCUGUCCUGUUACGGAGGGCUAAACUCAUCUGUUAUCGCCGCAUCCAGGCUGUUCUUCGUGGGUGCUCGUGAAGGUCACCUCCCGGACGCCUUAUCAAUGAUUCAUGCGGAGAGGUAUACUCCUGUCCCUGCUCUGCUCUUCAAUUGUGCCAUGGCCUUGGUUUACCUGACUGUAGAGGAUACCUUCCAGCUGAUCAACUACUACAGCUUCAGCUACUGGUUCUUUAUGGGUCUGUCUAUCGCCGGGCAGAUCUACCUGCGCUGGAAGGAACCAGACAGACCCAGACCACUCAAGUUGACCCUGUUGUACCCCAUCAUCUUCUGUUGUUGCACUGUGUUCCUCGUGGCAGUGCCACUGUACAGUGACACCGUCAACUCUCUCAUUGGCAUCGCCAUUACCCUCUCCGGAGUGCCGGUCUACUUCCUGGGCAUCCACCUGCCCGAGUCCAAACGCCCGCCCUACAUUACCAAGUUACUACGUUCUUUCACACGCUUUACCCAGCUCACCUGUAUCUGUGUGCUCACUGAGAUGGACAUCAGUGGGUAAACCUCACUCCCAACCAUGACACAAAGUUCUCACCAUAUUACCCACCACCCUCUGCAAUUCACAAACAGACACAUGGGACCAACUCAUAGAAAUGCACCUAUUUUUUUUUUUGCAAAGACAAGGGAAUAUUUAAUAAUUUUACCAGAAUGUAUCACUACUAUGUUAGUCUGUAGUUUACAAGUUGGGACACUAUACACACACAGACAGGUAUAGAGAGGUGACAGUGUGGGACUCCAGUUGCUUUCCACUGUUGCCAAUCUGAUGCCUGAUGGUUCAUGUGAAGUUAAGCAUUGGACAAGGACAGAUCCCAAGAAAAGCCAUGGUCAUCUGGCCAGUACUCUAGGACAUCCCCUCCUCCUUAUGUCAUUAUACUACUCAUAGUUUCACUUCUCCCCAUCUCCUGACAUAUCAUUGUCCCUUGCCUGGUCUAUGGGGUGAGAUCCACAUCAGAGCAUAUGGAGUUGUUCUCUCCCUUCUCAGAGGCUGGAGAUCUAUGUAAGAUGGCAGUACAUCUCUUAUCUCGUGAUGGAAUGACCUAUAGAGGUUGUUUUGAUGUCAGAGGGUAUAGGUAUGCACUUUUUAAUAUGCUGUGCCUGUCAAAUACAUAUACACUGAGUGCACAAAACAUUAGGAAUACCUGCUCUUUCCAUGAGACUGUCCAGGUGAAAUCUAUGAUCUCUUAUUGAUGUCACCUGUUAAAUCCACUUCAAUCAGUGUAGAUGAUGGUUAUGAGAAAGGUUAAAUAAGGAUUUUUUAAUUUUAUUCUUGAGACAUGGGUUGUGCAUGUGUGCCAUUGAGGGAGAACUGACAAGACCAAAAUAUUUAAAUGGGGUAUGGUAGUAGCUGUCAGGCGCACCGGUUUGAGUGUCAACUGCAACUCUACUGGGUUUUUCACACUCAAGAAUCAUCACAAUCAAGAAUGGUCCAACACCAAAAGGCCAUCCAUCCAGCUUGAGACAACUGUGGGAAGCAUUGGAGUCAACAUGGGCCAGCAUCCCUGUGGAAUGCUUUCGACACCUUGUAGAGUUCAAGCCAGACAAAUCGAGGCUGUUCUGAGGGCAAAAACUCAAUAUUAGGAAGUCGUUCCUAAUGUUUUGUACACUGUGUAUGUCUGCAUAUCCGGAAGGGACAUGCAAACAGACCGGUUUUCAUAAAUAUUAAAAUGUAUUUCUUAAAGGUGAUGCUACGGUCUUGUUCUCUUGGAGCUAUGGAUGAUGGUUUAUUGGAAAAGGGGAACAAAUGACUCAGUCUGCUGCUACAUGGUUGUUCAGUGUUUUUUUUUUCCCAGCCCUCCUUUCUGGUGUUACUUCAGUUAUGAGAUGCUCAUUUGUCUGUGAACUGCUGACUGACCUUAGUAAGGUUAAUGUAGUAUGCAAACUAUUUAUCCAUAAACCCGAAUCCCACCCACAAAGACCUUCUGUACUACUUUUGAAAAUGUGCAAUAGCCAACUGUCAUCUCAGCAAUGGCAAAUGUAACCCUCCAAAGACCUUGGUGACUGAGGCCAUGUCAUCUUUACCAACAGUUGGGAUCACUUGAUGGUCCUAUUGGGGCAGCAGCAGUGAAUUAAACAGAACGUUAACUUUAUUGUACCUGUAAGUUAACCAUGCAAAGGAUCUCCUGGGCCAAUAUUUAUAGUUAUUCAGUGAAUAUGAAAGACGCUGUUACCCAUGAACAAGUUCAAUAUGAGGAAUGAGUUGGCUCUCAGUUUGCCUGCUGAAUACUAAUUCCAUGGAAGAUUGGUUUUAUUAAUAAAACUUCUUAACCAGU